UCUAUCUUCCCGCAAGACUUGUAAUUUUGAAAUUUGAAUGACAAACUUUGAAUUUUGGAUAAUAAGCUUAUCUUGUAUUUUGACCGGCAUCAAACCCAUAUCUGCCUCACUUUUGAAGCUAGUAAACUUUGAUUAUCAGCAUAUCUCCCUUGCUUAAUUGUCUUUGAAUGGCCUACUUGCCGUUUGAUGCCGGAAUUUGGGAAUUCCGAUUCACGUCGGGGGCAGAAAUCAGUUCGGGUUCAGGCUAGGGUUUUCGUUCCCAAUUGUGGAUUCAAUACAACGUAAUUCUGAAAUUCGGACAUCAAUUUCAUAGACUCCCGAACUGGAAGUCUGGAACCCCAAGUCUACGAGACUACGACCUGUUUCGCCGAAUGCGUCCUUCACUCCUUCUCAGUCUCUCGCCUUCUCCACUUCUCCCAGAGAUCAGUUUAGCAGUGGAUUGAAGAUUUCGUGGUCAAAUUCAAUUGCGGUCAAAUUUGUAGCUCUGGUAAUCUGGUAUCAGCAUGGUUCAAAGGCUCAACCUGGAUUCCACUGUUUGAUGUUGAUGACAAAACAUGCUUGACAGAAGUUCUGUUCAAUUUGGUAUUUUGAUCAAGUUUUAGUUAGGGUUUUGUUGGAAAUAGGGGAAGGAUGUCGGCGGCGGAGGAGGAGUCAAGUGAGGCAGGCACCAUGGGCGAAGAGGUUUUGAAGCUCAAAGAGAAGCUUUCUCAAUGCCGACUCGAAAUGGAGCGGCUCCUGACAGAGAAAAAGAGAUGGAAGAUCAAGAAGAAACUUCUCAUGCGGGGUAUAGAAAAACUGGAAGACAAGAAUAGUAAAGAACAAGAAGUGUUUCUGUGUGUAGGAUCUGAAAAUUAUGAGAGACAGAUUACACUCUACAAGAACUUGAACACUACGAACCACAGUAUGUGGCAGCUAGGGGACGAAUUGUCCAAAGUAGAUGACGAAUUGGCCAAACUAGACGAGGAACAGUACAAGUUUUUUGAUAGUGAAAGGCCUUGUGUGGGAACAGAAGUGGAGAAGAAAAUAAGGUGGUCACAAUCAAAGACAGAGAAGCUGGAUAAGCUAUACUCAGAGAUGAAUAAGAAACAGGACGAUUUAUUAGCUUUUCUUGAAGCUCGUACAAAAAAUGCAGAAAUCACCGAUGAUGUGAAGGCUCUGGUGAGAGACUACUAUACUCAAUAUAUUGAGACACUCAAGACUGAUGAGGACGAGUAUGCACUGAAAACAAAGAUUAUGGAUAUUAUUCUACCACCGGGUUCUUCUCAGAAGCAAAUUGGGAUGUUUGCCAGGGUUGAUUCUAUAUCUCCAAUCUCUGCUGGGAUUUCAAAGAUUUUGAACUUUCUAAGAAAAUAGAUGGAGUCCAACGAUGCGAAGGAUAAACAUCCUAUAGGAGGAAGAGACGAGAACGGAGAAAGAAAGUACCACUUGUCUGGAGGACCUGGCUAAUGCUCAAUAGGAAAUAAACUUUGGAACUUUAUCAUCACAUAACAAGUUGAGGAUCUGUUAGCUGUUUGACUUUUGAUGGAAGAGAAGACAUGGAGGACAUUACUUCCUCAUAAUAAUCAAAUUUAGGAUUUUCAGUUUGUUUACCCUCAUUGUACAUAGAAGUAUUGCAGUUGGAGGGAUUGGUGUCUCUGUUUAGCCUUGUGGUUCUUAUUUGUGCGGGCUAAGUUCAAUUACAUCGAAGGAUAGUCUUCUGGUUCUAACACUGGAACCACAUUGUUUAAAUUACAUGCUCCCUCUUAUUUAAUCUUGUUAUGAAUUUUCUAUGUUAAUAGCACAUGUUCAGGAGUUGGUUA